AUGGCAGACUCAGCAAUAAAAAACGAAGAAGAGAAAAAAGAAUAUUUCGACACUCCUGAGGAGCUUGAAGCAAAAAUAGAACAACUAGCCUUAUGGGUCCGUGAAGCAUCUCACUUUAUAGCUUUUACUGGAGCUGGAAUAUCCACAUCAGCAGGAAUUCCUGAUUUUAGAAGCGGUUACAACACAGUAUUACAAACAGGGCCUGGAGCCUGGGAAAAGAAAGCGCAAGGCAAGAAAACCAAACAGACUCAUCAUGUCACUUCAACGAAAGCAGUCCCCACACAAACCCACAUGUCUUUUGUCAAACUUAUGGAAAUCGGCCUACUUAAGCACCUAGUAAGCCAAAAUACUGAUGGUCUCCAUAGGAGAAGUGGCAUCCCAACUGAUAAAUUGUCAGAACUCCAUGGAAACACAAAUCUGGAAGUCUGCACAACUUGCAAAAAAGAAUAUAUGAGAGACUUCAGAGUCAGAACUGCUCAGCAUGUUCAUGAGCAUCUUACUGGGAGAAGAUGUGAUAAUCCUCAAUGCAAUGGACAGCUGAAGGACACUAUUAUUAACUUUGGAGAAAAUUUAGAGGAAGAUAUUAUUGAUCGUGGAUUUCGAAAUGGAGCUGAAGCAGAUUUAUGCCUAGCUAUGGGGUCAAGUCUGAGAGUAACUCCUGCUGCUGAUAUUCCAAAAAAUGUAAGCAAACAUGGAAGGCUUGUAAUCGUGAAUCUUCAAAAAACUCCUUUAGAUGGCCGAGCAGCUUUGCAAAUUCACGCUUUUUGUGACACUGUUAUGCAAUUGCUGAUGGAAAAGCUCGGAUUAGAAAUUCCAUCAUUUAAAUUAGUAAGAAGACUUAAAAUAUCUAGAGGAAAAGAAGUGGUCAAAGGAAACCUUAAAGAUUUUUUGUAUUUCCAAGGCGUUGACAGCAACAACGCUCCUUAUACACUAUUCCCUAUGAUUCAAGUCACAAAAGGAGCAGAUAAAACUGAAUUAAAAAAGGAGCCUAUGAAAUAUUUCCAAGAUAGACUAAACGGGAACUAUCAAAUAAAAGUGAACUUCCAAGGACAUUAUCAAGAGCCUCCUGUAGAUAUAACACUAAACUCAGCUUCAAUUAGCGACGACUCUUAUAAGUUGUACGUUAUGACUUUCGACCCAACAAGAAAACUAUGGGAAAGUGUAAAUGAAAUAAAUUAA